GUUAUUGGCAGUCAAUCGCUAAGUGAAUUGCGCGAUAAAAUCGAAUGCUUUAGUGAUGAAGUUGUAACAACGGAAUGUAGUAGCAAUCCAGAUAUGGUAUCUUCUGAACCAAGAGCAACAGAAAUCUCGACAUCAGCCUUCUUUUUUAUUGAAAAUGUCUUUUACAAUGAUAUGAGACAUCUUUUAUGCAAAGACUAUAGCAAAAUAAUUAUUGACUGGGCCAAGAAAAAUAGUGAAUGGGUAGACAAAGGACUUGGUGUACCAUCUUCUAAAUUAAUGACAGAGGUGAAAUUUAUAGAUUUGAAAAUCCGUUUGGGUUAUCCAUAUCUUUUUUGUCAUCAAGGGGACUGUGAACAUUUAAUUAUUUUUCAAGAUUUACGGUAA